AAUACUCAGCUAGACAUAUUGCUCAUGUAAAAUGUAUCCGACGAAUGGAGUUAUUAAACUAACACAUAACCGAGCUAGCACUAGUAGGAGUCCUAGUCUGGGACUGUUAGCUAGACAAUCAACAGCUAGCUUAACUAGCUAGCUCUAACAUCGUUAGCACAAACAGAACUGUACAGUACUUUUUUACUUCAUUCUAGGUAGGUGGUUUCAGAAAACAAAUAUGUCUCCGAACAUAUCAAUGUUGUUUGUGUUGAUAUGGGUCAUAUACUUUCAGUAGAUUUACCUGCUCAAAAGUGUGUAUUCUACUAGUUAGGACAGUUGUGUAGUCCUGUCCCAUUGUUGUGACACUCGUUGACAAGCUAUUACUGUGUGUCUGUGAUACAUUUUCGCACCCAGAAUUAUGCAACAUCCUCCUCGAUAAAAGACAAAUGUUAGUAAACGUCAUUUUGAGAAUCAUCAUGCAUCACGUAAAGGUCAAGACCGAAAAGCCAGAUGUAGAGGGGACUGGUGCUCGCGGCAGACUGGAUGCAGUUCUACAGGGACUGGUAGAGAAGAGUGACAGUGAAAAGGAACAAAAUGAAGAUGAUUCCGGAAAGAUAGCGUCAGACUCAUUAAACAAGGAUUUGUCUCCAUCCUCUGCUGGAAAGCGGCAGGCAUCCAAGUUCCCACAACACAGAAGGAAGAAACGGAAGGAGAUGGAUGAUGGUUUAUCAGAGACUAACCAACACAAGCAAAGUAAACCAGAUGCGUACAUUAUCAAGCUGUUCGAUCGCAGCGUGGACUUGGCCCAGUUCAGCACCAGUAGCCCCCUAUAUCCUAUAUGCCGUGCCUGGAUGAGAAACAACCCUGCCGUGAGAGAGAGAGCUGCUUCUCCCCCCCACAGCAUGGGAGAGGACGAGGUUACAGACAUGCUGAAUGGUAAGGGUCAGAAUGUUUACCGCCUCCCUCCUCCUACCUCCUGUCCAAUCAGCCCCUCUGGAGACCCUGUGAAUCUGCGGAUUCCGCCCACAGAAAAGCCCACCACCACCACCACCAAGCCAAUAGAUGCAGCCCCUGUGUCUGGUCCUCUCAUAUAUAACCACAUGGAGCGCUGGAAAAGAAUCAGGCAAAAAUGGAAAGAAUCCUCCAAUAAAAACCAGUUGAGAUACAGUGAAAGCAUCCGGAUCCUUAAGGAGAUGAAGGAGAUGUAUGACCGUUGAGGGCAUCUUGAACCAGCCUACAGAAGAAGCCCAUAAGAGAGCUGGAAAAUAAGACGGGGAGGAGCCAUGUAAUGAUAAUCUAUCCUAUCAUCCUUGGGCACAAUAGAGUUACUGUGUAAACACAUGCUGGACUUGAGAUUUCGCAACAUGCCAGAGCUGUAGGGUGCCCUUGUUCUUACUGUGUCACCUCAAGAAAGGAUUCAAAGACAUUCACCCACUUUUAGUUCUCUGCAAUACAUGCGUAUUCAAACAAGGGAGGAUGUAUUUGAGAUAAAUCAAAUUGGCCAAUCGUUUUCUAGCUGUAUCUGGUAUGAUGAAUCCAGUAUAUGAUGGUAUUUUGGUGCAUUGCAGUGUUGUGGUGCAUUGUUAUUUUUGAUAGCUAAAUGCAGUUUCUUUGCUACAAAUGUAGAACUUGAAUGUAAAAAAGUAUUUUGUCACUCUUGUCUAUGACAAGGAUUACCUAAAUAUGUAAAUGAUACAUUUAUAUAUGUGAAUAUUUAAAUUGUAGCUAAUUUCAUUAAUCAUACAUGUAAUCAAUUUCUAUGAAUUUACUAUUGUAAUUUGGAUUUAAUGGGAUUAAACUGAAUCUUAUCAAAGUGAUAACUUGGCCAAAUUUUUUAAUAAAUCUUUUGAAUUUCA